AUGCCCGCCCCCUUCUGGGUCCUCCGCCAUCACUCGCCCCACUCGAUCCAGCACCUCUUUGUCGACUCACACACCCAGCUCCUCAUCGCCGGCGACGCAAUCGGCCGCGUCUCGGUCACCCACCUCGACCACUACCGCCAGCACGCCUUCUGGUCCCCGCACUCCGACUCCAUCCUCGGCGUAAACCUCCACGGCAACCUCGCAAUCACCCAUGGCAGAGACAACCGCCUCGCCCUCUGGCGCCUCGCCAACACACACCGCGGCCACCGUGCCGCCGCCGCCGCCGGCGCCGAUGCCAUAGCCAUACCCAAUCACACCGCCCCCCACAGCAUCUCGAUCCCCUCGCGCCUCGUCCAGUCACUCCCAACCCCCACCCUCGUCUGCCAGCUCGAGGUCAACGCGCUCAACUUUGCCAGGUUCUCCCUCCUGCUAACAAACCCACCGGCGCACGCCGCCACCACCAUCGACGACGACGACACCCACCCUCCCUUCCAAGCGCUCAUCGCCGUGCCACACACCCUCGACGCGGCGUGGUUCGACGUGUUCCACCUCCCCACCGGCAACCGGAUCCACCAGGCCGUGUCCAAACCCGACAUUGCUGCCAAGCCGGGCCACCGCCAACCCAUCAUCAUGUCGCUGCGCCUCUUGCGGCCACGCCGAACCCCGCACGGCUCGCUCGCCUGCCUGGUCGGCUACGAGGACGGCUACGUCAAGCUGUGGAGCCACGACCAGCCAACGGGCUGGACGCUGGCGUGGCAGCGCCGCCUUCAUUCCGAGUCGGUCAUGGAUAUCUCCCUGACCGACGACGGCGAGCAUGGCGUCUCGGUGGGCGCAGACGAUCGCAUAUCGCGUUUCAGCAUUUGGGACGCCGACACCCAGCCCCUAAUCAGCGAGACUGGCAAACCAGGACGUGCAGCUGUCUCUGUCCGCAACGACGACAAGGUCAUCGCAGCCGCCGGCUGGGACGGGAGAAUACGCCUCCACUCGUCGGCGACUCUGCAAGAGCUAGGCUCGCUCGACUACCACCGCGACACGGUCGAGACGCUGGCCUUUUUCGAGCACAGAGGGCAGCAGCCCGGCGUCGACUCAGACGACGACGUCGAAGACGACCUCGGACACCACAGCGGGGAAGACACGCAGCGGCGUCCGCUCGAAAUCAGCCAAACGCAGUCGGCGCUCGCCGCCGGUGGCAGGGACGGCAAGAUCUCGCUGUGGCACGUAUUUUGA